AUACCGCGCAUUUGACACCGAGCGGCUGCAGACGUUCGGCCUCCUGAACUCAAAACAGGCUCAGGCGAUCGGUUUGUGUGUAACUUGUCAGGACAAAAUAAUCAAAUUUGACUUUUCCCAAGUAAGUCGUGCACUCAGUCAAAGUUUAAACAUUAAUCAGUCCAUACAAGCAAUGGGAUCAAAUAAAAAUCUGCCUGAUUUGAUCACCGAUCUACCAAGCCCUUGUUUCCUUGUGGAUUUGAAUCGAGCCAAGCUAAACACAUCACGCAUGCUUGAGACGUGUAAAAAACUUGGGGUACAGCUUCGUCCACACAUGAAAACUCACAAGACCAUAGAACUUGCAGUUCUUCAAACUGGAGGGAAAAAACAACACAUAACAGUGUCCACCAUACAGGAGGCAGAGUUUUAUGCAGAAAAUGGCUUUGAUGACAUUUUGUAUGCAUAUCCAAUCACAGCUGAUAAAAUAACAAGAUGUGUUAACAUUGCAAACAGUCAUAACUUCCAUGUUCUGUUUGACUCCCAUGAUGCAAUUGAAGCUCUGAGCAAUGCAGCCCUUGAUUCAGGGAAGAAAUGGUCCGUGUUACUGAGUGUGGAUACUGGGGAUAACCGAGAGGGAGCUCUCUGGAAUAGUGAAGAUGCCGUUGAGCUGGUGAAAAAGGUUGUCAGCAUUGACACGAUUAGGUUUCAAGGCUUAUACACCCAUGAUGGACACGCAUAUGAGUGUAAGGAUGAAGAAGAACUGAGGAAAUCUGGAGAUGAAACUGUCGAAAAGAUCCAGCAUCUCAAAAACAGACUUCAGAAGGAAGGCAUUGACUGUAUCACUGUUGGUCUUGGAUCCACACCAUCUUGUGCUAAGCCAUCAGAAAAGUUUUCAGCCAUGACAGAACUGCAUCCAGGCAAUUACAUUUUCUUUGACUAUGAGCAGUAUAUGGGUGGGGUGUGUGGCAUUGAUGAGAUAGCGUGCCGGGUGAUGACUCGAGUCAUCAGUCACUGCCCAAGUGACAGCCACUUGCUGGUCGAUUGUGGCUUCACAGCUAUCAGUCAUGAUGGAAUGACCAAACAAGACACGUUGCCUUUCGGUUUCUGCAUUUUCCAAGAUAACCCAAAUCUGAGAAUGGUUAAUGUGAAUCAAGAAGUUGGUAUAGUGAAAGCAGCCGAUGGAAAGUUGGACUUUGGGAAAUAUCCGAUUGGAACCAUACUUUAUAUCUACCCAUUUCAUUCAUGUGCUGCUGCUGCCAUGCACCCGGUCUAUUAUGUUCAUGAAGGUGACAAGGUCGUUGGAAUGUAUAAGCCAACCCGUGGAUGGUGAAGAGAUAACCAAAUGGACAUGCUAAAAUAUAUCAUUUCUAGUCUGUUGAUAUAACAUAAAGUAUUAAAUACCUCUCUAAAGUGUAUUGUAAAGAAAAAUAACAAAUUAUGAUGCAAUUUAAGGUGGGUUAGACACCAAAAUCCCAUAGAUUGACGACUAGACAUUAAAAAUUCAAUAGCAUCACAAAUUACCCCGCCCUGGUCAGGCUGCUGGUGCUCUCUUGUACUUGCCAGCGUGGGUGGUCCCUCCUCCCACCCUAUCCAAACCCUUUUCUGUUCUGGAUGGAGGAGCCGACAUGGGCAGUUAAGCAAUAACAAACUUUAACUUUAAAUGUGCAUUUUAACGGUAAGUAUCUUCCUGCAUUCUGUUUCCAGACACUUCCAUCCUGUACUCUUGAAUGUGUUUAAAUAUGAGAGCACACUUAUCGCCCAUCCCAUCCUCCAACAAAAAUGUAUUGUGUAAAUAAUUUCAAUUUGGAUUGACGUAAUAAGAAAAGUAAAAGUGUUUUGGAAAUACAAUGUUUUGAAACUA